GAGGCGGAGCUUGCAGUGAGCUGAGAUCGCGCCACUGAACUCCAGCCUGGGCGACAGAGCGAGACUCUGUCUCAAAAAUAAAAACCAAAAAAGAGCCAAAUGCUGCCCCCUGUCUCCACGGCUUCCCACGGGUCCUGGAAGGAGCAGAGUGGGUAUUUGGUCACAAGGCUACCAAAAAGGAGGAAGGGGCUGCAGCUUGGCCAGUGUUGGCUGGCUGUUUGUGCAGUUGCUCUGGAACCCUGGUUGCCAGCUGCUGGCCAUCUUUCUUCUCUGAAAACUGAGCUGGGAGCUGUGCCAAUUUGGGCAGGGAGUGUGGCAGUGAGGCAGGGCCCUGUGGUGGGAGCUCCCGGCCUUGCAGGGAGCAACACAGGCAGCUGUGGUGUCAGGAGCAGGGAGGCCAGAGAGCCCCAGGGGUCAGGGGUCAGGACUCAGGAUGCUGUCCAGACAUACUGAGGAGAGGCCGCUGGUUGUCCUAUAGCCGGGAAGUGGAAGGAAUGAGGAGGGUCGGCUCCAGGAAGGCAUUGAGGGUGCACCCUCUGGAGCGCAGACCUCCGUGGGGCGCCCCGGGAGGCAUGACAAAGGGGUCCAGAUCUUCAGCUCCAGAGUCAGAACUGAGUUGGGGUCCUGGCUAUGCUACCCCUGGCCUUUGGUUUUUCAUCUCGGUUGGGGUUGGUUGCCCAGGAACACUGCAGGCUGGUCAGGUUUGCCAGAGGGUUUUGGACAGUGAAUGCGCGGCCCUGAUCUGGCACCACACACAGACGCUGGGUGGGAUGGAAACAAAAGGUGGUACCUGGAGAGGCUCUGCAGGGCGAGUGUGCGCUAGCCACCUUGAGCACAGGAGAGGGCGGCCAGCUCGCCAGCGAUCUAGAGCCAUCUGGCUUCACAGAAGCGACGCCAUGCUGGGCAUUGACAGAGAGGCAGAAUUUCCCUAGGUGUUAAAGGAAAUCAGGGGCAAAGGAGGGCGUCUAGCAGGACACGGCACACCAGAGGGCUGGGGGUGCCCAAUGACGGCUUUGGUCGGGCAGCAAGGCCUUGUGGCCCGGGCCAGGGAGCCACGGAAGCUCCCCCCAGGGUGUUUAAUGGGAAGCUUGGGUUUUAGGUCACCCUGGAGGCCCAUGUGCAAGAGGCUUGGCAGGCAGGGGAGAGGCUGGAGGCAGGGUGGCCACAGAGAGGUGAUGAGGGGCUGACUCCAGUAGGGGUUUCAGGGAGGCAAGGAGGAUGAGGAUGUGGGAGGUGGCGCACUUAGGAAGUAGUGGCUGGUUGGUCUGGGGGCCGUCAGGCAGGCAGGUGGCGAGGGCUACUCCCAGGCAAAUGUCAGUCUUGAGUGGAUGGAUAAAUGGACAGUUGGGUGGACAGUGGUCAUGCCCCCUUCUAGACGGGGAACAGGGAGGGAGGCACAGCUGUGUGGGGCCCAGGAGGAGCCUGCGGGGCAGCUCCUGGGUGAACGAUCCCAAAGGCAGGGCCAGAGCCCACACGGAUUGGGCUGUGGAGUGGAGGCAGGCCUCAGAGAAGCGGGGGCAGCCCAUGGCAGGCAGAGCUCAGACCUCAGCUGCCAAGGAACAGUUUGGUGGGGGGCAGGCAGCUCAGGAGGGCAUGGGCUUGGGUGUGGCAGAAGAGAUGGGUCUUGGCACCAGGCCACAGAGGCUGGCGGGAGCGGUCAGCACUGCUGGCACGGCAUGCUGCCAGAAGGUCAGGUUAGAUCAUCGUCCUGCAGGGAGGGGUGGAAACCAGCCAGUGGGUGGAUUGUCCAGGGGCUACAGGCAAAGGACAGGCCCCGGGCAAGGCAGCCGCCUCCGAAUGCCACUUUUAGGGGCUCGGCUGUUGCCCCAUUCCAGAAGAGGACGCUCAGGGCCAGGGUGUCCGGCCAGGCGUGGGGCAUGCGUGAGCCCUCCCCUGUGCCCUGGGCCAGGGCGCUGAGUGGGCUUUGCCCUCAGUUUGUGCCUGCAGAUGGGAACGCCGCCUGUGUGAAGGUGCUCCGGGACAUCGAGCCUGGGGACGAGGUGACGUGCUUCUACGGUGAUGGCUUCUUCGGCGAGAAGAAUGAGCACUGUGAAUGCUACACCUGUGAGAGGAAAGGCGAAGGAGCUUUCCGAACGAGACCUAGGGAGCCUGCGUCGCCACCACGGCCCCUGGACAAGUACCAGCUACGUGAGACCAAGCGGCGGCUGCAAGGCCUGGACAGCGGCGGCCGACAGGGCCUGCUGGGCCCUCGGGUCUGCCUGCACCCGUCCCCACUGCGCCGGCACCCGUUCUGUGCCGCCUGCCAACCCCUGCGCCUGCCAGCCUGUAGCGUCCGCCCAGACACCUCACCCCUCUGGCUCCAGUGGCUGCCUCAGCCCCAGCCCCGAGUGCGGUCCCGGAAGCGCCGACGCCCCCGGCCCCAGAGGGCCCCAGUGCUCUCCACCCAUCACGCCGCCCGCAUCUCCCUGCACCGAUGGGGAGGCUGUGGCCCCCACUGCCGCCUGCGAGGAGAGGCCCUGGUGACCCUGGGCCAGCCCCCCCGUGCCCGCUGGGUUCCCCAGCAGGACUGGCAUUGGGCCCGGCGCUAUGGGCUGCCUUACGUGGUGCGUGUGGACCUUCGUCGCCUGGCCCCAGCCCCACCAGCCACCCCAGCCCCUGCUGGGACCCCAGGCCCCAUCCUGAUCCCGAAGCAGGCCCUCGCCUUCGCCCCCUUCUCCCCACCCAAGCGCCUACGGCUGGUGGUCAGCCACGGCUCCAUCGACCUAGAUGUUGACGGUGAAGAGCUGUGACAGGCCGGACAGGGAGGCCCAGCAGGGAGAGAGGGUCUCUCUCCUAGCUACUCCCCAGGACCUUCAGAAGGAGCCCUUGGACCUCUGGGAGGGAGCUGACCCUUGACUCCAGCAUAGCUCUGACCCUGGAACGGGGUUGGUUUGGAUGCCCCCAGGGAUCUGACCCCUGACCCUUUGUGACUGCUGACCCCUGAGCCACCCCCACUCCCACAGGGAGCCCUGGCCAUUUGCUGCCCUUCCCACCCCUGCCCCAGCCUCAGGACUGCAGGAGCCAUCCACCUCCCUCAGCCCCUUCCUCCCCAGGGAGCAAAGCCAUAAGGGGCAGGGGCCACCCCACGGCAUCUCCCCGGAAGUACAGGCCUCAGGAGGAGGUGGAACUGACGGAGGGGUGGCACUCCCCGGAGACUGCCCUCACGAGGGGACUGGGUUCGCUCUCAGCUCUGCAGCUGUCUACGGUGGGGGGAAGGUUGGGGGGUGUCUGGGGGCAUGUUCCCCUCACUACCCCCUGUGGGUCUCAGGGAGGCCGGGUGCGACCUCAUCUUUCUCAUGGUGCUAUCCUGGUGCUAUUGGGGUGGGGGGCUCCCUCCCCUCCCCCACACCAGAAAGGGGUAUGUUGGGGGAUUGGAAGCACUUGAACUUUUUAUUUUAUUAAAACCUUGUUAUAAGCAGCA